AUGUGGCGAUUCGUGUUGGUCACACGCAGAUUUUCUGCAGCGCCGUCGGUGCUACACCGCUGUUGUACGGUGGCGCCUUCUCCGGCAUCACGCCAGGCGUCAGCUUCAGAGACCACCACCGCGAGUGCACCGCAGCCGCAGGAAACCGUUUUGCAGUCCCCCUCGAUGCCGCUUUUUCAGCUCCUGGCGUUUGUGGUGGAGGAACUGCUGAAAAAUCCCCCUUCAGCGGCCGUGCGAGACAACAUGAAGACAACGAAACCUGCGGGCCUCACUGCAGCAGCAGCAGCCAAGGAUGUGGGUGGGGUGGCGGUAGAAUCGCCGUCGCUGCCCGGGUUGUCCUCUGUGCAGCUCAUUCGUGUCAUAAGCACGUACCUCCGACGUGAAGAGGAAAUGGCGUUACUUAGUCGCUCUAAAGUGGCUGCUGUGCGGCAGCAGUACCUGAAGAUGCGAGCGAAGCAACCCCGUCUUUCUCCCCUUCAGCGAGACAUUCUGCUGCACGAGGUGGCACGGAUCGUGGAGCGGAGGGAGGUUCCACUCGCCGUGGCUGCACGUCUUCUACGGCCACGCUGGCCAAAUUAUUUUAUGGACGUUGUGGGUGUGCGCCAUCACGCGUUUCUUGUGCAAAGCUUGCGGGCGUGGGCUGUAGCAGUGAUGCAGGAUAACACGUUAACCCCAGCGGAGGCCAGAAUAUUCCUAAUGCGCUGCCCCCGUCUGUUUGUGGGCCAGGUCUCGCUCAUGGGAUCUGUCGUGGAGUGUGCCCUACUGGACCUCAAAACCCUCGACGACCCAGAGCUCCUGAUACAACUUAUGUGGUCUGUGAACAGUGCCAAGACACACGCCCCGCACCAUUUCUGGCGGCGCGUUGUCGACAAGCUCUCGACGCUAAAUCGCUCGCUGCGGGACAAGGUCGGUGAUGCCAUUUGCAUGGAAAAGGACAAAGGCAAGAAGGAGGAUGGGAAGAAAGCCACCGCCGCUCAUUCCGUGGUGGUGGGCCACGUCUUCUCUGGGCUUACCACCAGACAACUGUUUCGCGUGCUUCGUGUGCUGCGGCGGGAGCAGUGGUGUGGCGAUGUUCCUCUCAUCUUUGACUUUGUAGACAAGGCACUUAAAAACAUCGUCUUUGAGGUGGAGGCUACCCACGUUGCUGAGGAUAAACCACGUGGGGCGCCGCUUUCACGCCGAGCUGUGGCGCAGCGCUUGAAGCAGGCCGCGGACUUGUCGCCAGCGGAGUUGCUUUCCCUGCUGAGCAUCGCUGGGGAGCUGGGGGUGGACUUACAUGUGUCGCUGGCACGGCUCUCGGAGGAUUUGCUCUCCCCCAUGGUGCGGUACCUGGACCGGGAUCAGCUGCUGCUCCUCACCACCUGCGUCCGACAGACCCGCUGCGACUCACCACACCUCGUGCAGACAAUUGUGGACACAAUUGUGCGGCGCGGGGCCACGUACCCCUGCUCGCUCGCCUUAACCAAGGCCGCCUUGCGAACAAUCCUGCAGAAACCUGCAUUGCUUGCACGCCUGACUCUUGUCCCUUUUGUGGAUCACAUCUUUCAUCUCUGUGACACGCUCAAGUGGCACAUGCGCGCGUCGCAGAUUCUGGCAUGGGUGGAGUUGCUCUACGCUUUUUCGCGACUGUACGCGCCCUCCUCCUCCGUUGGCGUGCGGGUGCGGACGAUGGUAGACUCGUUUGCAGAUCCGCUAAACGCCAUGUUGGAACUUGGGGUGGUGCCCAUCUCCAUCGUCUCCCGCGUGCUGGAGCACACGGUCAUUCUCGGCAUGCGGAAGCAGCCGCAGUACCCCCGCACCGCCAAGCUCUGGGAGAACCGUAACACACUCGUGAAUGGGCGUAACGCGCAUGCGGAGUUGCAAGGCGGCGGCGACACGGAUGCCACGGCGUUGCCGGAUCACGACACGGCGGGGGAUGCAACAUCGAGCGUGAGCGACAGUGAGGUGUUUUCCAGCAGCGUGGUAACGAAGUCUGCGAGGAAGGUGUACGACGACCUCAUCUCCGUGUAUGAACGACAGACAGUUAUGCGCAUGCCCCUCUCAAAAAAGGAGGAGGAGCGGAUCCGCGACAGCUUUCAGCGACUCGGCCUCUACAGUAUUUUUAUGGGGGCCAACGUCAUGCAAAAGCUGCACCUGAGAGGCCCUGCAGCUGCAGCAAGCGCGUUGGCGUCGCUUCACAAAACACCACCUGCACGUCCAUUCUCCACGUGGAUGGAGCAGCAGGUUGCUUCUGUCAUUGACACACGCAUUCGGAGUGCGAAGAUUACGCCGGAGUCUACAGACAAUGAUGUGCUUCGUGUUCUGGGCCGCCGUCAGUGUGACGCCGGGAAUGUACGUUGCUUUCAGGAACUCGUGGUGAACGCCCCACUUCAGUUGGCGCGCCAACAGCGCAGUCUGUGGGAAUACACCGCUGAGCUGGCGCGCAGGUUUGGUGGGGCGCAGGAGCAGUCCUUUUCGCAGGAAAUGCUCCGCAAGGCCCUCACGUAG